GCAUAUGGGGUCCUUUUCCACGUUGUCAGUGAAACUUGUGUUGACCGUCCUUUGCAGUUAGAAUGUGGCUAAAAGUUUAUUGAACAAAAUGUAUCAUGUAUAUUAUCGAAACAAACCCAUACAUCGAUAAAAUAUCCGACAGGAUAGAUACACCUGAGCUGUCGAUCAUUUAUUUCAUAAGCUAUGUCUUUAAAACGAUACCUGUUUCUGCUGUGUCGGGUUCCAUACCGGGCAAGCUGUCUCCGCAGCACCGUGCUCGGUAAGGGCAGCGUAGGGGCUCUGGCUGUACAGCGACACUAUACUGGCGAGACCGGCGCUUCUUGCUACAUCUCCUGCCGAAAUUCAUUUUCAACCAGCGCCUCCAAACCUCCAAAUACUUCUCUCUUUGUACCACUGCACGUAAAAGAUACCCACAACAGAGAAGGAUCGAUCGGAGCAGAGCUCACCCAGAAGCUAGAUAAAAGUGAAGUGCUUAAGGUUUUAAACAGAUUCUACAAAAGGAAGGAAAUGCAGAGACUGGCUGCAGAGAAUGGUUUAGAUGACAGCUGGCCUGCACCCCACUGCUGACCAAAUUGAAAUGUUUGCCUACCAUCUGCCAGAUGCGACUAUAUCAAAUCUGAUUGAUAUUUUUGUGAGUUUGUCACAAGUGGAUGGUCUGUACUUCGUCUGCAACAUUGACGACUUUAAGUUCCUAGCAGACAUGAUCCAGCACAUCCCUUUGAACUUGAGAUCCAGAUAUGUGUUCUGCACCGCACCGAUCAACAGGAAACAGCCCUUCGUCUGCACUUCAUUUUUAAAGUUUGCCAGGCAGUUCAGUCGAGAUGAGCCCUUGACCUUUGACUGGGUGUGCCGCCAUGUCCGCUGGCCACUGGUUGCCCCCCGGAACAUCAAGGACCUGGUGCACCUGGAGGCUGUUCACCUCACACUGGACCUCUACCUCUGGUUAAGCUAUCGGUUUAUGGACAUGUUCCCGGACGCUAACCUUAUCCGUGACAUCCAGAAAGAGCUGGACAACAUCAUUCAGUUAGGAGUGCGCAACAUCACCCGGCUAAUCAGAGCCUCUGAAACAAACUCCUCCUCCCUCACAGACGCCAUCCCGGACGACGACAUCUCUCUGCACAGGACCUUCCCCAAGGACAGGGGGCUGAAUACAGAGGACUUGUCUGAGGCCAGGCAGCAAAAACAGGGACAAAGGAGAAUCCAUGGCUCCAAAAUGCUGGGCUACAGGACAUCUGACAGCCAGUCUGAGCAAGACGGAUCCCUGAGCUCCAGGCUCGUGCAGGAGGGACUGUUGAGUACAGAUUUGCUGGAGCAGUUGCAGAGGGAGUGGGCUGCUAGCCAGGCCAAUGGGGGAGACCCCUGGAAAGAAACUGCGGGGAGCGGCAGAAAAGGCAACUGGAAAGGAAAGAAGAAAAAUAACACUAGACGGCUAAACAGGAAUCCGGAGCUGUCGCCAAGGGCCGCACAAAACCGGAUCAACAUUGCACUACAGUCACGAUUAACCACUUGUUCACAACUGUAGCACGUAUUAUAUUGUACUUCACCACAAGCACUGAGAGCACUCACUUUGGACUUGUGAUCGUGUGUGUGUCUAAAUGUGUGUGUUAGUACUGUGCUUAUUGUUUACGGGACUGCAACCUUUUUGACCACUGCAAUA